AUGCAACCUACAACACGUCGCCUCAUAUCCUCCACCUCAGCCUGUCUCGCCCGAGCGCCGCGAGGUCGUAGCGGAGCCAGCAGGGAUCCCCUCGACAUGGCCUCGAUGAUCCCCGGUACAGGUUCCGGCGCCGGCGGGUUCGACUACCCUUUGACACGCCCUACGAUCCUCAAGAUGCAGGAGAAGAGGCUGUUCUUGCAUUAUUUGAGGUUGGAGCAGUUGCAGUUCCCUGAUUUGGGUGAGUUCGGAGUGUCGAGAUGCCGAAGGUGCUGAGGGUAGACGGUUUUUCCCAAGGAUGUGAACGUCGUGCCUAGUGAACUGACUUGAGCUGUAUACGCUACACACCAGUCGCCUUCCGCCAAAAGUACAAGAGACCCUUAUCCGAACAAAUCGUCCGAGUUCGUCAUCAACACUAUCAAGGCGAGCCCCACCCCGCGGCUCGUAAAGUGACCGUUUCCGUCAACUGCGACGACCUCGCCUCGGCCCUCGGAUCCGAACAAGCUCAACACAAGUUCAAGUUGUUGGCCGGACCUAGGUGGGACGCGACGAGUGAUGAGGUCAAGUUGAGUUGCGAGUUGUUCCCUACACCGGAGAUGAAUGAACGGUGGUGUUCAGAGACGUUGGAUAAGAUGAUUGCCGAGGCCAAAGUGAGUUUUCCGUCUAAGUCUGGCGCGGGUCGCGAAUUAGAAGUUGGUUGGUGUAACAUGAAACUAACUUUGAGUUUGUUUGUUUUUUCAAAAAAAAUCCCAUAGGACCUGUCGGAUCCCAUGUCGGACAUUCCUUUGGACCCGCGACCGACGCUCUCUCGGUUGGCCAAAUCCGGCAAGCACAAGAUCGUCACCCUCAGCGACUUCCCCAAGGAAUGGUUACCCGCUUCGAAAAAGCGCUCGAGACUAAGAAGGGACUCGAUGAUAGAAGAUGGAUCGAAAGGGACAAUCACGGUUUCUGCGGAAGGGACCCAGGCUGUUGAGGCGCAGGAUAAGGUCGAUGUUCAGGAUUUGCCGAGUGCUGGUGUUGGGAAACAGGGUGGGGCGGAGAUUCCGGCCCGGGAAGCAUGA